AUGGACGCCGCUGCGCGGGAGCCGUACGUCGCCGAGUCGGACGCGAGCAAGAUUGCCUGGUCGCAUUACAUGGCUUCUCCCGAGGCCAAGGUGUCGCGGAAGUCCGUCGGACCCCAGGGCAAGACCCCUUCCCGGGCACCCUCCAGGCAGACUGGCAGGACGCCAGCCCCCACGCCAGCCUCCACGCCGCCGCCCCUACUCUUCGAGCGCGCCCUCGCUCCCCAGGACAUGCAGCAGAGCCAGAGCUGGGGGUCGUCCAUGGCGCACACCACCGUGUCCGUCUCCGUCCCCUCCCCCUCCGCCAGCUGGCCCCUGGCCGGCGCUGGGCCCAGCCCGGACACCCUGCCCAUGCUGACGGGGCAUGUUAUCCCCUGGACCACCGACUGCUUCCUGAACCCCCCCUUCUCCGCCUACCCCCUCUCCGACCCGGCGCCUGCGGCGCAGCCCACCCCUCCCCCGCGCCCCUCCCCCUGGAGCCCAGCAAGGCCGAGCUACCCAACCCUUUUGCGGUCAUCCCUGGGCCUCGGCGCCCUCGGGCUGCCGCAGUGGUCGCAGGGCCUGCUGCAGAGCGUGGACAGCCGCGGCCCCUGGAUGCGCGACAUGGACCUCCUGCCGCUGUGGGAUGAGGUGCUCGCCCUUUCCACCACGCCCCAGACCAGUGCCUGGCCGUGCCUGCCCUCCGUGAGGGUGUGA